AUGAUCUCUGCAACAUUUCACGUGACAACGCCCCCACACGUAGUUUUAGUAAUUAAUACCGUUACCACAGUGAUGAUUCGGCUGUGCCGGGUAUGUUCCUUGAGAUCAGCUUGCGUCAGUUAUAUCCCCUCAAAUUUGCCUCGUUUCGAUGUUUGUGUCAUUGGUGCCGGCCCCGCUGGCAUUGCGGCAGCCCUACGAGCUGUGGACUACAACAAACGGGUCUGUCUUGUAGAAGCAAAGCGUAUUGGUGGUUGCGAUCUGUGGGAUGGUGCAUUACAGUCAAAAACGUUGUGGGAAAUGUCGAAGUAUGUAUCCUCUCUCUCCGGAGCGUCAGCUCGGCGGGUUUUCGACGACGACACGGUGAGGGAAAUUCAGCAGAAACUGGACCUAUCAAGAGUGCAACAAACCUUGCAAGAGGUUAGUGCAACGCGGGAAACUCAGACUGUUGAGUUGUUGCGGGCUGCCGGGGUCACAACAGUGUUUGGAAGGGCUAUGUUUUCUUCACCACAUGAACUGGAUGUGCAUAGCCCCGGUGCAAAUGAAUAUCACGUUCUUACUGCUGAUUACUUCAUUAUUGCUACAGGCUCCGUACCACGGCAACACGAAUUCGUUGUAGCGGAUCACCGACGAGUCGUGACGACGGACACCAUCAUGCAGUUACCCAUCCCGUCAAGCUUGGUAAUUAUCGGAGCUGGUGCAGUGGGAUGUGAGUUCGCCAGCAUAUACGCCAACUUUGGCCGCACAGAAGUGACAAUCAUCGACAAAGCCAAACGGAUUCUUCCGAAGGAAGACGAGGAUAUCGCAAACUUUGUCGAGGAGCAUCUUACGCGACGGGGGGUACGUAUUCUCAACACCUGUACCCUGUUUGACCUAGAGUCAUGGGAGGAGAGUGACGAUGUUGGGGGAUGUGUGUACAGUGUGCGACACAACACAACGAAUAAUAGGAAUGAUGCAAAUAGCGUGGAGACGUAUGAGGCAGAACGAGCACUGGUGUCUUUGGGUCGCACACCAAACCUCUCUGGCCUUGGCCUCGAGAACACUGCGUGCAAGGUCACCGGCGGACAGGUUACACUGGAUGCUUUUGGUCGUUGUGUCCCUUACAAGCACAUUUACGCUGUUGGUGAUGUUUCCGCUGACCGGGGUUUGGUGAACCUCGGUGAGGCACAAGGCCGAGGGGCUGUUGAGCACAUUUACGGGGAGAAACCUGCGCGACCGGUUAAUUCUUCUCUUCUCACAAACCUUUCCACCAUCCUCUUUCUCGAAGAGGAGGUGGCUUGCGUUGGACUCAACGAGGAACAAUGCCGUGCUCUUGGGUUCGGUUACAUCGUUGCGCGUUACGACUACAGCCAUCUCAGCCGUGCCAUCGCAAUGGGUGGUGCACAGGGAUUUUGUAAGGUGAUUGUAACAAACGACCGGCAGAAACUGCUUCUAGGCGUUCGCGCAGUCGGGGCUCACGCAGGAAGCAUAGUUGAAGUCGCGUCACUUGCCAUUCGACAGUCAGAUUCUGUGUACUCACUGCUGAAGCUGACAGCAGCGUACCCGGCAGUGGUACAAGGGUUUGUUGAAUGUAUUCGUAUGAUUCUCGGCCGGUCAAACAUCAAGCCCAACACGAUGCCAAAUCUAACGCUCACCGAAUGGCGCCCACCGCACGGUGCCCGCGGCCGAGCCGGCGGCUCCGACGCAAGCGACUGCGCCCCCUCAUCGCCGGAGGUCACACACGAGCAAAAAGAGAUGGAGCGGAAUUUAGAAGCCACCCGGUUAGAGCAGUCGGUAGUGAGGCAAAGCUUAAAAGUAACCGAGGAUAUUGAGCGACGCUAG